GACCCCCCCCCCCCCCCACCCUCUUCAUCAUGGUUUCUUGUCACAUUCGUCGUACACAGCUGUCUUGGAAUGAUCUGGGCAACGUGGUAGUUUUAAGGCGUCUCUAAACAACAUAUGCAGUCGUUUUUGCAGCGCGGUGUUUAAUUUCCACGGAACGAAAGCCAUAUUGUUCCUCCUGAAUCUAAAGUUAAAGUGAGCACAACAUGGCAUAUCGCUUCCUCAAGUAUGCAGCGCUUCUUCAGAAGUACAGAACUCCGCUGCUCGUAACAAGCUGCGGUGGCGUCUUUGCAGCCAACAUGUUCUACCACGUCUUCCCUGACGCGUCGUACCAGCUCUACCAGGCCUGGUACAAAGGAGAGCCGGUCACCCUGUCUGACAAGCUAGAGGACCUUUUCCAACAGGUGCUAAAGGACUACAGUGUCGACUCAUCCAAGAACUUCUCUGCCUUCGCCUGCUUUGGUUUCCACCCAGUCAGCGCUGGUGUCCCAUGGCUCCCUGCAGGGGCUCAAAUUGGCAUCCCGGCGAACUUUAACAGCACGACUGCUGACCACGGUGGCAUCACGAACCGGACUAUUUUCAUCGAUGGUAAAACAGUGGAGUGGGACACUGAGAGGGGCAUGGCUCUCAAGGAGUCACUGGUGUUCUCCCUCCAAGCACAGAAAUUUUCCAUAGCGCGGGAAGUGGCGCGUUUGCAGUCGGGCACACCCAUUGUGAGUGCUGCAGUUGCCCCCUUGUGCCUGGCUGGGGUUUGGGUGUACAGCGUGGUCCUGAAGCAGGUGUUCAGCCUCCACGCCGGGCCCGCUUUGCUGCGUGGAGCCGUGAACCUUGUGGCGCUGGGGCUUGGCGCCGUGUCCUACUUCCUCACUUCGGACGCCGUUACCCAGUGGUCCGAUUACAGCUCGGACCGACGGGCCGCUCGGGUGUCCCGUGACUACGCCAGGGGCGGGUUAGAGUUUUACGACAAGAUUCUGUCUAGAAACAAGACACUGCGCUCACUCAUGGGACAGAAAGGAGAGGAGAUGUAUGCGCCCAGUGGGAACUUGUUUCCCGCCAACAUCCUUCAGCUGAAGCAUACACCGUACACCUCGAGGAGGGAGGGCAUCCUCAUUCUGAUGAAAAAGGACAAGAUAUAAAUUUAAUACUACAUUGUGUUGGGAGCACACAUUUUCACAGUAAUGUACAGUUCAUAUACUGAAUAUUAUAAACGGUUAUGGAAA